CCUGCAUUCAUUACUUGUUAUUGUAUCAAUGGUCAACUGUCAAUGGAUAUAAAGUGAUCAAUUGAUUUUAUGACUUGAACCAAUCCUAUUUAAUCAUUUAAAUCAGUAUGGGCGACAUUUUCUCUUUUACUCUUUCUGCUGUUUAUUUGUACAUUUGAGGCGUAUGAAUAUUGGAGAUUGGUCCUUAUCCUCCUACAUAUUAAGCCCGUGACUUAUUGAAAAUAUUGACGAAACGUGAGAUUCUCCUAGAAUAUGGAAUAACAAUUCAUUCAUGAAAAUAGCUUUUAACUGGAGAUUAUUAACUGAAUAACAACGAUUUUAUAUAAAAAAAAUCCUUAGUAUGUCUUGUGUAUUGGAAAAUAAUUAUUAUCGGAUUGACAAUAAAGUUUUAUAACGGAAAACUACAUAUUUUGUUUUGGAGAAGUUUAUAACGAUAUUGGACUAUUAAUUAGAUAUGACUGCUGUUGUACACAUUUGGCUAUUAGUUUUGUCGAUUGGAUUUUCAAAAACUCUCACUUUUUUAGAUCCUGAAUCUGAUACUGAAGCCAUAGAAAAAUUACGAGUAAUAAAAAGGCAAGUAUGCAACUGGAAUAGUUUGUACCAUCAACAACUACGAUCAUACAUCAACCAAUGUUCUGGCUGGAAUAGAAGAUGUAUACCAUGGUCAUCUGAACUAAAAUAUUCCUGUUGUGAUUCACUUUCUUGUAGAUGUAAUUUUUGGGGACAAAAUUGUAAAUGUGUUUCCCGUUUGUGGGGAUGAUGUAACAAUGACACGUGUGUAUCAGUUUAUUGGUACAGUGUAAAAACUAUAGCAUAAAAUUAUGAUAAUAACAGCUUGA